AUGGUCAGUGCCUACGCAAGCUUCAGCACUCUGACUGGCAUCCUGUCCAGACAUAGAAACACAAGUUCCCAUUCAUUGCAUUCUGAGUUUUCUUUUGUUUUGGUUGCAGUGGUUGAAAAGUAUGAUUAUGUGUUUCCAGAAAAUGGCUUGGUGGCGUACAAAGAUGGGAAAUUCUUGUGUAAACAGAGUAUCCAAGGUCACUUGGGUGAGGCCCUAAUCCAAGACUUAAUCAACUACUGUCUCAGCUACAUUGCAAAAAUUCAGCUCCCAAAGAAGAGGGGCACUUUCAUCGAAUUCCGGAACGGGAUGUUAAAUGUGUCUCCUAUUGGACGAAGCUGCAGCCAAGAGGAACGCAUUGAAUUCUACGAGCUCGAUAAAAAAGAAAACAUACGACAGAAAUUUGUAGCAGAUCUGCAGAAAGAGUUCGCAGGAAAAGGCCUCACGUUUUCCAUAGGAGGCCAGAUCAGCAUCGAUGUCUUUCCUCAUGGAUGGGACAAGAGGUACUGCCUGGGACACGUGGAAAAGGACGGCUAUAAGACCAUUUAUUUCUUUGGAGACAAAACCAUGCCAGUGAGUAUGGAAGUGUUUUUGCGGUUUCAUUGUUUGGUUUGGGCUUGAAGGGAGGAAAUGGACAAAUGGGCGUUUUCCCUUCACCCACACAUUCCCCAGCCCAGCUCAAACUGAGGGAUGCUUCUGUCCUCCGGAAGGGUGUGAUUAGGGUGGUUAAGGCCCCCUCCCCUCCCUGCUCCGACACCUGACACCUCAGUGGAGGUAAGAAUCCAGUGAGCCUUCACUUUGGCUUUUGAAUUAAAUAUUGCCCUCCUCCAGUGCCUUCCAGAACACCUGACCCAGGGCUGCUGUC